AUGUCCGAACUGUGGGCGCACAUCCAGAGUCUGUACCCUGAAGAGGACGAGGAGGAUGAAGAGGAUGAAGAGGAUGAAGAGGAUGAAGAGGAUGAAGAGGAUGAAGAGGAUGAAGAGGAUGAAGAGGAUGAAGAGGAUGAAGAGGAUGAAGAGGAUGAAGAGGAUGAAGAGGAUGAAGAGGAUGAAGAGGAUGAAGAGGAUGAAGAGGAGACGUCAGGAAGGAACCCAGAGGAAGAUUAUGCAGCCAGUAUUGGGAAGGCACUGACCGAUCUGUAUAACAAUCGAUAUGACUCUGACUACGGGUGA